UGUUUUCGCUCCUGCAGGCCACGGGUGCUUCCGCAUGCAGGGGUCGCUGCGACUGUACACGGAAAUUGAAGCCUAGGGAGUUGCUUACCAAGGGUACUGAGAUGCAUGGUGACCAUCAUUGAUGCCCUAGUUUCCACUAAGGUGACACCCCCAUUGCCCUCUGUCCCCAACUCUGAAAACAGCUCCUGAGACCUGAAUUACAGAGCAUCAUUUUAACUGGACAAACUGCAGCUGAAACAAGCUUUUCUUGGAGGUCACAAUGACCACCCAAGGCAGGGGUACUUUAGGCCUCCUCCCUAAUGGUGCUGUUCUCCAGAAACACGAGGGACGCCAGACCAUGAAGCAGGAGCCAGGGAGCCAGACCUGGGGUCAGGGCUGCAGUCUCCAAAAGAACCACCCUCCUGUCUGUGAAAUUUUCCGGCUACACUUCAGGCAGUUAUGUUACCAUGAGAUGUCUGGGCCGCAGGAGGCACUGAGCCGGCUCCGGGAGCUCUGCCAGUGGUGGCUGAUGCCAGAGGUACACACCAAGGAGCAGAUCCUGGAGCUGCUGGUGCUGGAGCAGUUCCUGAGCAUCUUGCCUGGGGAGUUACGGACAUGGGUGCAGCUGCAUCACCCUGAGAGUGGCGAGGAGGCUGUGGCUGUGGUGGAGGAUUUUCAGAGACACAUAGGAGAGGUUUCAGCUCCUGUACAGGAACAGAAAAUGCAUUUGGAGGAGAUGACAGCCCUGGGUACAACAGAGGAAUCUCUUCCUACCUCAUCCUUCAGUGAGAGUUCAGGCUCUGGAGCCUGCCUGGAGCCUCCUCAUGACCCAGGGAUACACCUCCUCCGCACUGGGCACUCUGGUCAGUGUGCUUCCCAGGGGCCUGCCCUUUUCCAAGCUGGGAAGUCAGGAGAUCAGGCAGCAGCAACUGUGCUUCAGAUGGUCGGGCCCCAGGGAUCUGCAGCGUACCAGUUCCUUUCUGUGGACUAUACUGAGAGGAAGUGGAAAGGUCCAGCCCUCAGUCAGAGAGCUGUGUUCCGGAGCAUCAUGCCGGAAAACUAUUGCAGCGUGGCCUCAAUGGCAGGUGAGACUAGGAUGCAGCAUUCAGAGUGUCCUGCAAAACAGGAAGUUUCUAAAGAACCAGGGUCACCUGGUGAGACAUCUGGAGGCCUCUGUGGAAUAGUUUCUGAGGAACUAGAGGCAGGAGCUGCCUAUGAAGGUACUUUAGAAAAGCUGGAAGGGCAACCCUCAGAGGAAGAAGGAAGCAGACUGGAAGAUUAUUUCUUCAAAAUAACACAUGAAGAUAGAGAUAAAUCCACAAAGGAUGGAUGUGAUGAAUAUAAUGAACUUGGGAAACAUCCAGAUCUAUCCUCUAGUGCUGUUGAAUGUCAAGGAAUUCUGAAGGGACAGAAAUUUUAUCAAUGUGAUGAAUGUGGUAAAGCUUUCAAUCGAAGUUCACACCUCACUGGGCAUCAAAGAAUCCACACUGGAGAGAAACCCUAUGAGUGUAAUGAAUGUGGUAAGACCUUUAGGCAGACCUCUCAACUUAUAGUUCAUCUCAGAACCCACACAGGGGAAAAGCCCUAUGAGUGCAAUGAGUGUGGAAAUACUUACCGACACAGCUCCCAUCUUAUUCAACACCAGAGACUCCAUAAUGGUGAGAAACCAUAUAAGUGUAAUGAAUGUGCAAAAGCUUUCACUCAGAGUUCCCAACUGAUUGACCACCAGAGAACCCAUACUGGGGAGAAACCUUAUGAAUGCACUGAGUGUGGUGAGGCCUUCAUUCGUAGUAAAAGUCUUGUCCGACAUCAGGUAGUUCACACUGGUAAAAAACCUUACAGGUGUAGUGAGUGUGGGAAAGCUUUCUGUUCUAAUAGAAAUCUUGUUGAUCAUCAGAGGAUCCAUACUGGGGAAAAACCUUAUGAGUGUAAUGAAUGUGGCAAGGCUUUCAGUCGGAGUAAAUGUCUUAUUCGACAUCAGAGCCUCCACACUGGGCAAAAACCAUACAAAUGUAGUGAUUGUGGGAAAGCUUUCAAUCAGAACUCUCAGCUUGUUGACCAUGAACGAAUUCAUACCGGAGAAAAACCUUUUGAAUGUAAUGAGUGUGGUAAGGCAUUCAGUCUCAGUAAAUGUCUUAUUCGACAUCAGAGACUUCACACAGGUGAAAAGCCCUAUAAAUGCAACGAGUGUGGAAAAUCCUUCAACCAAAACUCACACCUUAUUAUUCACCAGAGAAUUCACACUGGUGAGAAGCCUUAUGAAUGUAAUGAGUGUGGGAAGGUCUUCAGUUACAGCUCCAGUCUCAUGGUACAUCAGAGAACCCAUACAGGGGAGAAACCCUAUAAAUGUAGUGAUUGUGGGAAAGCUUUUAGUGACAGCUCGCAGCUCAUUGUGCACCAGAGGGUUCACACAGGAGAGAAGCCUUAUGAAUGUAUUGAGUGUGGGAAAGCCUUCAGUCAGCGUUCCACUUUUAAUCACCACCAGCGAACUCACAUUGGAGAGAAGCACUCAGGUCUGGCUCACUCAGUUUCUUAAGAUGAUUUUCUAAGGAAUUAAUUAAGCUUUUUUUUUUUUUUUUUAAAGAUGUCUCUCUUAAAACUGCUCAUCAAAAUGUACUAAUCCUUACAUGCUUCCUGGUGAGUCAUGAAGGUGGGAGGGUGGGAGUCACAGUGUAAUCAUUUUCUGCCAUUAGGGGGAAGUAAGGACUACACAUUUCAUGUACUUGUUUAUUCAUUCAUUCUUUCUUUUGAACUGACGAAAAAAAUCAAACUCAUUUUCCAGUUCUGCAUCCUAUAGUCAGAUUUUGUGCUUUUCAAGGACAGAGAUUAUAUGCUUCUUAUUCUACUCCACCUCCUAAGUUUUACCACUUACAUAGGUCAUAUUGCAAGAUGGAUUCAUUCUUUCCUUUCUCUUGGCUAAGGCUCUCCCUAUAUAGUUUAUAAACUUCCAUUAUAAUUCAGGCCCUUAUCACUUGUGUUCCUUACAUAUAAAACCUUUUCUUUUCCUCUUGACUAAUUUAUGUCCCUUAGAUUCUUCCAGAGCCCUCUCAUUUCUGAAAGAACUUCUUAAAAUGCUUUUUCUUCCCUCUUAAACUUCUAUUCAUUUGACCUCCGUGCUUCCAAUUAGGUGGUGCUGCAACAUGCAACUGUUAUUAAAUUAUCUUGCCAGUUAUUCUGAACUUAACGUGUAUUUGUAUACUUUCAUAUCAACUUAUUGUAGGCUUUUUAAGGCUAGGUAUGGUAUCUGUUCUUUAGCAUAUAGAUAAUUUUCAUAGUAGUUGUUUAAUAAAUUUUUAAACUCUGCUCUAAAUUGCACCAUCUUUAAGUUGGGUGUGAGAUCCCCUUCCCCACCCUAAUCAGAUUAGAGGCUUCUAAAGAUGGAAGUGGGGCAGUGCCUGGGUGGCUCAAUGGGUUAAAGCCUCUGCCUUGGGCUCAGGUCAUGAUCCCAGGGUCCUGGGAUC